UCGAGUCGACUCGCGGGAGGAGAGGCCCCGCGGCGGGCGUGUAGGCGUGGCCAGAUGAAAAAGGUGGCGACCAAGCAGUCCCCGCCCAAGUUGAUCGAAAGGAAACGGGCAAAGUUACCUGAACAGACCACACCCCCUGUUCAGGAAGAGCCUGAGCCUGUUAGCAGUGUCCUCCAAGGGGGUGACAUCCUGGCCUUAGCCAUCAAGAAGGAAGACUUGAAGAAGCAACACAUUCCUCGCUUUAUUGAGACCCAAGAUAGACCUGUCGUCACCCAGAAGUUUUUCAUCCGUAAACUCAAACCCAAGGAUCAUAAGAAGGUCUGUCACUUCGUAGCACAUCCCGCGACCCCAGAUGCAGCCACCAAGCCCCUGGACUACUCUGGCCCGGGUGACAGUUUCCAGGGCUGUGACCAGAUUCUGCCUCACCACAUCUUGGGGACUCUCCAGGACUUUAAGAGGAUUGCAGCCGCUCAAGGGAACACCCAGCUGGCUGAGCUCAUACAUACCCCUCCCUGUCUGGUGACCCUCAUCUCAGCGAAAGAAGAGCCAAAGCAGAAAACCCCAAAAGAAGAGAAGGAGAAGCCCCAUCCCUGGGCCCCACCUCCUCAGCACAACUUUCUCCGAAACUGGCAGCGCCACCUAGCCUUGCGGAAGAAGCAGCAGGAAGCCCUGAGUGAACGCCUGCAGAAGCCGGUGGGCGAGCUGCUCAUGCACACGGGGGAGACCUACAGGCAGAUCCAGGAAGAGCGGGAGCUCAUUGACCGAGCACUUCCGACUCAGCAUGAUGGGAAGAGCUGUGAGGAGACCAGUGGGUUCUGGAGUCGACUGGAAUACCUGGGAGACGAAAUGACGGGUCUGGUAAUCACGACGACGAAAGCUCAGCGUGGCCUCCUGGAACCCAUCACUCGCAUCAGGAAGCCUCGCUGCAUCCAGGAAGAGACAGGCCUGCCGGCCCAGGAGGAUGCUUGGUACCGCUACACCUGGGACCGGAGUCUGUUCCUGAUCUACCGACGCAAAGAGCUGCAGAGCCUCAUGGCAGAGCUGGAUUUCAGCCAGCAGGAUAUCGAUGGCCUGGAGGUGGUGGGCCGAGGGCAGCCUUUCUCAACUGUCACUGUGGAAGACUAUUCAUUGUUUAAUAGGAGCCAGGAAAGUUCCUCUGAAGACACGGUGCUCUCAGACUUAGUGGUCAGUUACCCUGACAUGGCCCCCAUGCCCGUUCUUGGCCCUUCCCUGCUUUUCUGUGGGAAGCCAGCUUGCUGGAUCAGAGGCAGCAAUCCAGGGGACAAGAAGCCUGUUGGAAUUGCUGUUCGCUUGACCUUCGAAACUCUAGAAAGGGAGAAGACAUCUUCGGAACUGACCGUGGUCAACAAUGGCACCGUGGCCAUUCGGUAUGACUGGCGGAGACUCUCACAGCUGGACUCCUUCCAAGACCUGAAGAGAAACAGGAUGCAGCGCUUUUACUUUAACAACCGAGAAGGUGUGAUUCUGCCUGGAGAGACGAAAACCUUCACCUUCUUCUUCAAGUCUCUGAAUGCUGGCAUGUUCAGGGAAUGCUGGGAGUUUGGAACCCACCCCACCCUGUUAGGAGGCGCGCUCCUGCAGGUCAAUCUCCACGCAGUCUCUCUGACUCAGGACAUUUUUCGGGAAGAGAGGAAGUUACUGAAGGACAAGCUGGCUGCCCACGAGGCGGUCACCGUCGUGGAGAGCGUGCUGUGGGAGCUACUGAGUGGGAUCCUGACCCCAGAGCGUGCACGGUCCCCCGUGGAUGCCUAUCUCACUGAGGAGGACUUGUUCUACCACAGGAACCCUCAGCUGCAGCUGCAUUACCAGCACCAAGUAGUGCAAAACCUACACAGCAUGUGGCGCCAGUACUUGGCCCCGCCCCCGAAGGCCGAGGAGGCGGGGCCCCGUGCGGAAGAGCUCCCCAUCUCCCAGGCCUGGGCUGCCUGCUUGGAGAAAGUGUCCGUGAACGUGGAGCCCUCUGCGCUCUCUAAGAGGCCGGUCUCAGAAUCCCAGGUGUCCCAGCAGGAGAGCGAGGCCUUCAGGGACUCCCGAGAUGCUUUAGGGUCCCGGAAGCCUGGAGCAGGGGCUCCGAAUUCUCAGUGGAAGAGCAUUAUGGAGGAGAUCCUGGUGGAGGAGAACCCAGACCUGGGGAGUGCGAAGAGCCCCUGUGAGCUGGAUGGCCUUCCCCCAUCUGAGUGGAGCCUCUCUUUGGAGGACUUCAGAAAGGCAGUGAUGACACUCCCUGAGGAGAGCCAGAGGGAGGAUGCCUUGAUCAGGCUGAACAGAGCAGCCCUGGAGCUGUGCCAGGAGCAGAGGCCCCUGCAGUCUGACUUCCUGCACCAGAUGUGUCUGCAGCUCUGGCGGGAUGUGAUUGACGGCCUGGUGAGCCAUUCCCUGUGGCUGAGGGCUCUGCUGGGCCUGCCGGAGAAGGAGACCGUCUAUUUGGAGCUUUUGGAAGAGCAAGAACGCAAGUCCCCUCCUGUCGUCGCAGAAGUGAAAGCGACUGUCGGGAAGUUCGGGAAGGAAGACCGGAAAGGGGCAGCCCAGGAGAAGAAGCAGCUGGGAAUGAGAGAGAAAGAGGACAGGAAACUGGCCAAGUUGUCCGGGAAAGAGGACCGUGUAAACAGCAAGAAGCCCAAAGCAAAGGAUGACAAGAAACUGAUGAAAUCUUCAAGUCGGGACAGGCUUACUUUGGAGGACACUGCCCCUGACGGCACCACGGCCUCUCAGGAGCCCAUAGAUCCCCUGGUCAUGGAGAAAUACACCCAGAGGCUGCACACGGAGGUCUACGGGCUGCUGGACACCCUAGUGACUGACCUCAUGGUCCUAGCUGACGAGCUCAGACCUAUAAAGAACAUCGAAGAGACUUUGCAUCUUUGUAUCUGACUCACGUGUGCAAGGUGCCUUUCUGGGAAAAUGGAUUAACGCACAAGUCAAUAAAGAGCUUUUAGGCCUUUGUGUCA